UUUUCUUUGAGAUGUAAGCAAAUUUUUUUCUAUUUUCUGUACUUUGAAUUUUAUCACUUUUUAUCAGUAAUUUAAUCGUCAGAGAUCCAACAUAGAUAUUCUUAAACGGCUCUUUGAGUUUUUUUUAGCACAAAAUAAUUGUUACCUUUUCCAUUAAUUUUUUUAAAAGAGAUAUUGGAUCGAAAGAGAAAAAAAUUGCAUCCUCUAUAUUAUAUUUCUUCAUAUUUUUAAGCAAAAAUGACAAGUAUUGGAACUGAAGAUUUGAUUAAAGAAGCAUCCGAAUUAUUCUUCAAUCAUUUUAAAACACAGCCUACAUCAUGUGGUUGUGCACCUGGUAGGGUAAAUUUAAUAGGCGAACAUACUGAUUAUAAUGAUGGCUUUGUGCUUCCUAUGGCACUUCCUUUGGUAACUGUAGUUGUUGGCAGAAAAAAUGGGUCCAAUAAGUGUCACUUGGUUACAGCUUGUCCUUUUGUUGACGAGCCGAGAGAAACAGAAUUUGAUAUUUCGUUAGAUGGAAAUAAUACAAAGUUGAAGCCUGGAAAACCUGCAUGGGCUAAUUAUAUCAAAGGAGUUAUAGCUAAUUAUUAUGGAAAAGUAACAGGUUUUGAUGCACUUGUAUCUACUAAUGUACCAGUUGGCGGUGGACUUUCAAGUUCUGCAGCAUUAGAAGUUGCUACAUAUUGUUUCCUAGAGACAUUAUUUGAAGAUAAUCUAUUAAUCGAAAUGAUUGAUAAAGUUCUAGCCUGUCAGAAAGCAGAACAUGAUUAUUCUGGAAUGCCAUGUGGUAUAAUGGAUCAGUUUAUUUCAUUUAUGGGUAAAAAGGACCAUGUUCUUCUAUUGGAUUGCAGAUCACUAGAUUAUCAACUGAUUGAACUAAAUGAUCCACAAGUUACCAUUCUAAUUACUAAUACUAAUGUUAGACAUAAGUUAGCAGAAAGCCAAUAUUCAAACAGAAAACUACAGUGUGAAACUGCUUCUCGAAUUAUUGGAAAAUCUAGUCUCAGAGAUGUUUCUCUUGAUGAAUUAGAGAAGCACAGAAAAGAUUUAGACAACGAAGUGUAUAAAAGAGCUUUGCAUGUUAUUGGAGAAAUAGGCAGAACUACUGAAGCUGCAGAUGCUUUGAGCAGAGGAAACUAUAAAGAAUUUGGCAAUCUUAUGAACCUAAGUCAUGCCUCACUAAGGGAUAAUUAUGAAGUUUCCUGUUCUGAGUUGGAUUUAGUUGUGAGUGCUGCUUUAGAGGUAGAGGGUGUGUAUGGUUCAAGGAUGACUGGUGGAGGAUUUGGGGGUUGCACAGUAACUUUAUUGAAAACUGAUGCCGUAACAAAUACAAUGGAACAUAUUAAGAAAAAGUACAAGAAUCCAACAUUUUAUGCCUGCCGUCCUGGAAGUGGUGCUCAGAAGAUACAGUUGACACCUUAGAAUUUUUGUGAAUUCCAAAUAUUUUUGAUAUAUAGAAUUGAAAUUAUCAUAUAUUUUAAGUAUUUUUGUUGUUGUUAUGGAGCUGCUUGUAUCAAGCCUAGUUAAUUUUUUAACAACUAUAAUUGUAUGUAUUAGACUUUUUUUAAAAAAAAAAAGGAUUAAGUGUUAAGCAGCAACAAUUUUGUCACAUACUCUGUUAUUUUACCACAAAUAAUAUUUUUUUUUUAGACACAACAUAAAAUAAUUAUUCAAAUUAUUGAUUGAGAUACUAUAAUCCUAAACUUUUUACAUUGAAAAUUUAUUCUUUUGACCUAAUGUAAUGGGAAAAAUUCACUUUUGGAACACAUUUCAUGAAAAUUUUUAAAGAUAAAUACUGUAGAUUUAUCUUAUAAUUGCAAGAACAUUUUUAAAAAAUAAACAUCUGCCAAUAAUUCCUAUAGCCUUAAUAUACCUAGUUAAGUUGAAAAAUUUAAAGAAAACUACAUUGAAUAAGAAAGGGAAAAUGAUUAAAAAGUAAAAUAUCCAUUGUUUUGUUUGGUAUAUCUGCAAUUUAUAGCAAGAACAACUAACAUCCUAAUUUUAAAUUGUUGAAAACUAAAUUUAUUAAAAAAUAACCUCAGUAAGUACCUUAUAUCAUGACUUUGGUUUUAAAAAACUAUUAUCUAUUAAUUUCUUUAAGAUUUUAAUCUUGAUAUGAAUAAAAUUAAGGAGCAUUUUAUCUGAUUUUAUAACCAUUUAAUGGUUCAUCUUGCCUUCAGUCAAGGACGUAUGUAUCUCUCAUUUUGACUUUUCUUAUUAUAGCAUAUUAUCUAAAAUAUUUUGAGUUCCUUUAAAAAUAUUAUACAGUUUAAUUCUGUACCUUAAAGUUAGACAAUUCCACUAAUUUUCAAAUGCAAGGUUCAACUAAUUUUCAAAUCCUUUUAGGCAAAAAGUUACGAGUUCACCUUAACUAGUCAUUGAAAAGUGUAUAGAAAUCAUUUGCUAUCUUUUUUUUUCCUUCUUGAAACUGGCAAGCACUAACAUUGAAAUUUAUUGUUCAAUAAGAAUAUUUUUUAAUGUAACCAGCGAGUGUAAACUAGUGUUAUACUUGCCUUAAGGCAUGAGUAUUGAUAAAAACUUUUAUAACAUUUAUCUUAAGUUUUAUUAAAUAUAUAUAGCAUAAAGGUUAUUUAAGCAUUAGAGCAAUUGAUUACUAAACUCUGGAGAAUUGGGAAUUCCCCCCCCCCGAAUCAUAAUUAAAGUUUUGAAAUAUUGUUUCAUGUGGUUUGGAAUUAAAAAUUGACAUGCAAGGGCAAUUUUCUUAAGCCAAGAUUAUGCAUUAAAAAAAAUAUGAGACCCGCACUCGAAGGUUUUCGAUAUAUACCAUUGUUAUACUGUAUGAGAUUUCUUCAUAUUAAUAAAUUUUUUAGCAUAUUUUGAUUUUAGUAGUAAGAUUGUUGUGAAUUGUAUAUGUUAUACUAUGUUUUGAAUAAAUAGUUCCUAUAUUGACCAUAA